UUACAAUUUAAAUUAACCUAUAAUGCCAAUUCCUACACACCCUGACUUAGAAAUCUUGAAAUAUGUCUUAGAAGUCGAAGGCAGUGAACCUCAAGAUAUUAUCGUCAAAGGCGCUGAAAAAAUCGACAUCAAGAUUCCUGAAGGUUCCAAAUAUAGCAUAACCGUUUAUUUCCAUGUUAAGAACAGAGAAUUAGUAGACUUGAAGUAUACUCAAGUAAUCAAGAAGUUGGGUAUUGUUCUCAAGCAACGUGACUUGCAAAUCGGUGACUCUUUCGCACCAUCUACCGAAACAUACACCAAGAAGUUCGCUGAAGACGUAACUCCAAGUGGAUGGGCUACUAGAGGUUCAUUCCCAGCCACCUCUACUUACUACGCCGGUGAUGAAUUACUUUACUCUGUUGAAUGGACUUUAGAAAUUACCAAGAAGUAAUGAAAUACUUACUGUAUAGAAUAUAGGGGGUUUCAUUUUCAGAUGAAAUUCCGAUAAGUAAAGUACGAUCCUUAUGAUUA